GCAGAUCGCUCUUGGCUAUAUAUGUACCAGCUAAUUAAGCUGUUGAAGUGUAGUGACGAUGGCUGAGAUGAAGACGACGACGAUGAGGAGGAGGAAGCCAUGGAUGGCUGCGGAGUGGGUGCUGUUGCCGACGAGCAUGGUGCUCGUGCAGCUGUUCACCAUCGGCGCCCUCAUCCUCACCAAGCUUUCCUUCAACGUUGGCAUGGCGCCCUUCGUCCUCCUCGCCUACCGCAACCUCGUUGGCGCCAUUGUCGUGCUGCCCUUCGCCUUGUGGUUCGAGAGUUGUAACUUCAGGGGAAUGAUGAAAAAAGUGACAUGGAAGAUAUUGGGCUGGAUCUCCAUCAAUGCUUUGUUCGGAAUUGUUCUGGCAAUGGGACUGCACUACUACGGCUUGCGUGCCACGGACGCUGCGUACACCGUCAAUUUCCUCAACCUGAUCCCCAUUGUCACCUUCAUCAUUGCCGUAAUCUUUCGAAUGGAGAAGCUGAAGCUGAAGACGUGCCUCGGAGUGACGAAGGUGAUUGGCACGGUGAUCUGCGUGGGGGGCACCAUGGUGAUCAGCCUCUACAAGGGCAAGCUGCUGCACCUCUGGCCGACCCACCUGCUGACGCCGGCGCAGCUGCACUCCGUCGGCGGCGGCGGCGGCUCCCCCGACCAUCACGGCAUGCUCGUCGGCACGCUCUUCCUCUGCGGCAGCUGCCUCAGCUAUGCCCUAUGGUUCAUCGUUCAGGCGAAGGUGUCCAAGGAGUUCCCGUCGAAAUACUUGUCGACGAUGCUUGCGUGCCUGCUGGGCACGGUCCAGGCGGCGGUGCUGGGGGUCGCCGUCGACCGAGACCCGUCGGCGUGGGUGCUCCGCUGGGAUCUUCAGCUGCUCACUGUCGUCUAUUCGGGAGUGUUCAACACGGCUGCCAGCUUCUGCUUGAUCACGUGGGCAGUGACGCGGCGAGGGCCGACAUACCCCUCCAUGUUCAACUGCCUUGCAUUGAUCCUCACCGUCGUCCUCGAGUCAGUGCUGCUUGGAACCGACGUAUCUGUUGGGAGCUUGCUAGGCGCAUUGAUGAUAAUCGUAGGAUUGUAUGCCUUUCUCUGGGGUAAAGGGAAGGAGAUACAGCAGCAGAAGCAAAUUCGCGAGACUAAUGACGUCGAUCGGAGCAAAACCAUUGAUUCCACAAGUAACGGUGAGGUGCGAAUUCCGGUGGAUUCGUAGUCUCUUAGACAAUCUAGAUAUAGGUUAGAAUUAAUCACCUGCUUACUGAUGAGAGAGAUGUGAGUUCUUCAAUUGUCAAGGAAGAUAGAAAAGUGAGUUGAAGAACAUAGUAUUUUUUUCAUUUUCCCUUGGAAAUUGUGUUAGUUCUAAGAGAGUUUGUGCUGAUACAAUUUUUGUACAAUAAGCAAUGUGUAGUACUCUUCAUCAAAUGACUAGCAACUCCAUAUUUUGAUGUACCAA